AUGGCUCAUUUUGAAGCGCUAUAUGGUAGAAAAUACAGACCUCUAGUAUGUUGGGAUGAAGUUGGUGAAAGAAAGUUAUUGAGUCCUGGAUAUGUCUGGAUUACUGAUAGACGCAGAAUAAACCUUGAAUUUGAUGUUGGGGAUAGAGUUUUCAUGCUAUUGUCGCCAUGGAAAGGUGUUACUAGAUUUGGAAAACGAGGUAAAUUGAGUCCGAGGUAUAUUAGCCUAUAUGAGAUUGUUGAACGCAUCAGUCUAGUUGCAUAUCUAUUAGUUUUACCAACAGAAUUGUCUAGAAUUCAUGAUGUCUUCCAUGUUUCCAUGCUUCAUAAGUAUAUUCCAGAUUCAUCUCACGUUUUGAAAUCACAACCAGUAGACCUAAAAGAAAAUCUUACAUAUGAAGAAGAACCAAUUCAAUUAUUGGACAGAAAUGAACAGGUCUUGCAUAGUAAGACUAUUCUCUUGGUUAAAGUUUUGUGGAUAAAUCAUGCCGUAGAAGAAGCGACAUGGGAAAGUGAAGAACAAAUGUGUUCUCAGUAUCCAGAAAUUUUUCAUACUUGA